AGGCACAAGUGUCCUGAUGCUUUCGGUGUUUCGUUUAAAUAUAACCCCUCACCGCAACAGUCAACAAUACUACCCUGGAAAAGGGUGGGCGAAGGAAGCCGGAAAACGCAAAGCCACUGUAAACCAAACAAUCAACCACUCCAACACCUAUUAGCUGCAUAUACUGUGCCCAUUUGAAGGCAUCGUAUCGCGUGGUUCAACCAAACAAAGGAAUUUUAAAAAGAUGGCGAGCACAACGGUAUUAUCCGCCAAUUCGUCGGAGGAGGAAGCAACACUGUCUGAUAUUUCCCACAAGAAAGGCAAACGAAAACACAACAACGAUCAGCAUGAUUCAUACCAGCCGGAAAGCAAAAAGCCCCACGAAACCGGUGCAGAGGCCGGAUCGUUUGCAAACUUUUCCGAUAAAUCGGUACGCAUCAUGCAACAGAUGGGCUACAAGGCUGGCACCGGACUGGGUAAGACGGGCCAGGGCCGUGUGGAUCUGAUCGAAACGUCAUCACAGAAGGGACGAAGUGGUUUAGGAAUGAAACUGAACGAGCUAAACACAGCAGCCGAUCAGUGGGACGGUACAGCGGAGGAGUUAAAAAUCCCGGAAAUUUCUACCUUUCUGAAGAAUGCGAAUGCGGCUGCAGACGAUCCAGGCAUCACGCGGGAACAGCUGGACGCAUGGAUAAAAGUAGGCCCGCGCAAGUUGCAAAUCAACGACGAGCACAAAUACUGCGAGCGUGAGAUUUUGCAACAAAUUCUAGCGAGUAAGUCAGUGUUCGAUAACCUCGGUGCAGAUGAUAUGCGCAAAGCGCGGUCCAAGUCAAACCCGUUCGAGCUGAUUAAAAGCAACAUUUUUAUCAACCGUGCCGCAGUCAAGAUGGCAAACAUGGAUUCGAUGUUUGAAUUCAUGCUUACUAAACCGCUUGACCAGAACAGCAAACCGUUGGUUAGAGAUAACGAUCUGUUUUACUUCGCGGACGUGUGUGCCGGACCGGGCGGAUUCUCCGAGUACGUGCUGUGGCGUAAUGGGUGGCACGCGAAAGGGUUUGGCUUUACCCUGAAAGGGGCGUGCGAUUUUCGGUUAGACGAUUUCACGGCGGGGUCGCCAGAAACGUUUGACGCGUACUAUGGACCGAAGGAGGACGGUAAUAUUUUCGAUCCGGCCAAUAUUGAGGGAUUUUCCGACUACGUUAUGACACAGACGGAAACGGGUGUCCAUCUAAUGAUGGCGGAUGGAGGAUUUUCCGUCGAGGGGCAGGAAAACCAGCAAGAGAUCCUUUCGAAACAGCUCUAUCUAUGUCAGAUGAUCGUGGCGCUUGCGAUCGUCCGACCGGAAGGACACUUUGUGAUGAAAGUGUUCGAUCUGUUUACACCGUUCAGUGUCGGGCUGGUGUAUCUCGCGUACCGGUGCUUCCGGGAGAUUUCCAUCUGCAAACCAAACAGCAGCCGUCCGGCCAACUCUGAACGAUACCUCGUUUGCAAGUGGAAGCUCCCAAAGACAGAUCUCAUACAGCGGCAUCUUGAGGAUGUAAACAGUCAGAUGUUUAACAGUAGCAAGAAAAACAUCGACACACUCGAGCUAGUAUCGGAAGAAGUGCUGCAUGAGGAUGCCGCAUUUUUCGAGUACAUCUGCACCAGCAACAACACUAUCGGGGCGAACCAGAUAACGGCUUUGCUGAAGAUAGCGGCAUACUGCAAAAACCGUGACCUCGCCGAAACGCGCCAGAUGGAGGUGAAGCAAAAGUGUCUAUCGCUGUGGAAAUUGCCGGACGGGAUUCGGAAGUUUGCCAACAAGGGUGACCCGGACCAGUAUGUGGCGAAGCUGUACAAGGAAUGGAACAGCCUUACCAAGGAGGUGUGCCAGGUAGAGAAAAAGCUGCAAAUCCCGGACCUGAAGAUGUCCUUUCCGUCCGCGUACGAUUGGUGCUUCGUGCCGAUCGGUAAUACGGAAAACAGUGGCAAAAACAUUCGCACAAUACUGCUCGGCAAGGGUGGCAAAGAGGUGUAUAAGUUUGAUCCGAAGCAGUGCAGCUGGAUACCGAUGACGGAGGUGGCGAUCGAGCUGCCGCACGGUACGAUCAUCUACGGGGAGAUUGUGCGAGAGCUGCAGGGUCAGGGAAAAUCGCAGAUCGUCAUCAACACGCUGCAUAUCAUUGACGGGUUGUUGCUUGGUGGGGAAAACAUUCGCAAACUGCCACUCCGGCAGCGAAUGGCACGAUGUCAGCAGUUUGCCAAAGCGCUCAACAAACCGCUGAAGGGCAUCAAUUCGGACUGCACAAACGGUAGCGCGGUGACGGUACAGAUACGGGCGAAGAAGUUGUACGAUCUAUGCGAGAUCGAAAAUGUCUUCUUCAAAUCGUUGGAAACGUACAACUUGAAGACCGGACCACCAAGGUUGGGUUACCGGCUUCGGAACGUGAUCGAUGCGGACCGUUUCUACGUGCCGUAUGGGUUGCUGUUUUUAAAGGAGAUCAAACCAGACUAUCUGAAAUCACUGUCUACGAAACAUAACAUGUUUUAUUACUAUCAUGUGAAAACCAAGGUUUCUAAGUAUCCGGAGCAGUUUGAUAAUCAUGAGGCGGAAACGAUGGCCAUGUUUGAGGAAACGUUCCAUUCUCGCCUGCUUUGGAAGUGGGAAAUAGUGCACCAGGUCAAUCCGCAAGUUACCGAAGAAAAAUCCUCGGAUAGUGUGUACCGGGUGGACUUUAAGCAGUAUCUGCAAACCAACUACGGACAAAGAGUUAAUUAGACCUCUAGAACGUGAAUGUCUCAAAUGAAAAGAGGAAUUGUUGGCACACUAUUGAUAGUUUACUUCAUUGUCUGUAUAGACAAGUAUAGAACUUAAUGUCUUAAUGUAGCUACAAAGCUACACAGUUCAUAGCUCCUCUUCCAAGCAUUUCAACGUUCUUCUUCUAUAUCGGCUCAAGAACCGCAGAAGGUGUAGGCCUGCCAUUUCUGGGACUUAUGUGAAUUUAUUUACCCAUGCUGGAUAGUCAAAGAUAAUCUGUUGUGUGAAGACCUGCGCCGCUACCAUCAUGCCGCCCAACAACAUACAUGGGUAAAUUUAUAAAUCAAUCAUCUUCAAUUGAUAACGCAGUUGGUACAAAAUAGCGUCAUCAACAAUUAAUUAUAUAAGUGAAUGUAAUUGAGUUUUAUUCGUGGAUUAUCCAAUGUAACUAUAUGUUCUAUGUUUAGAAAGAAUUGUCAAACAAUGGGGAAUAUGCACUUGUAAUAAAGUGUGUAUAUUUACCUGUAGGCAGCAAUUUCUGAGAUUGUAAAGAAGUUACUCAUUAAGUUUUAAGUGUUCUAUGUGUAUGGUUCAUUUUCCAAACUAUUUCUUAAAUAUAUAAAUUUGUAAU